UUGGUGAUCGCUAGAGAUCCUCCAAGCUAUGGGGGUUUCCUUUAGGGUUUCCAAGAUUGGUAGGAAAUUUCAUCCCAAACCGCCACCACCCGCCGUAGAGGAACAGCCCGCCGGCGAUGUAAUUGCGGCUUCCAGCAAGUCCAGUGAUGCGAAUCGGGAUCGCCGCAUUAAGGAUACACUGGACAAGCUUCUUCAAGAUAAAGGAGUUGAAAAGAUCCCUGCUAAUGAAGUUUCGUUCACUCUAAGCCUUUAUCCGGAUGGAUAUUCAAUUGCAAAGCCUGCGGAGAAUGAACCAGGCCACCAGGCUUCCAUUGACGUUCCAAAACUUUUGCAUCCAUAUGACAGAGCAUCUGAGCCUCUAUUCUCUGCAAUUGAGUUGCGAAGACUGCCCGGAGAUAUUUUGAAUGAUUUGCCCUGCAAAUUUGCUGAUGGAACAGUUCUUUGUGAGGUUCGGGAUUAUCGGAAGUGCUUUUCUGAGGGACCUAAUGCUGUUUCUGGGGACACUUCACCCAUUAUUAACAAAGUAACUCUUAGAAUGUCCUUGGAAAACAUAGUGAAAGAUAUUCCAGCUAUUUCAGAAAGUGGUUGGACAUAUGGUGAUUUAAUGGAAGUGGAGUCCAGCAUUUUGAAGGCCUUAAAACCAGAUCUUUCCCUUGAUCCAACCCCACAUCUGGACAAACUCUGCGACACUCCUAGCUCCACUAAGCUAAAUUUAUCUCUGAGUACCAUGCGGAGAAAAAGGUUGAGGGCAAUUCCAGAUGUUGCUGCUUCUUCACAUAAUAUCAACGGGAAAAAGGUUUUUCUUGAUAGGGUUCCAGAAACCUCAAGGUUGGGAGAUUCGGUAUCAUUGGGGCAACAACCGGCCUUCGAGAAUUUUAACCUUCAAAAUAAUGUUUCAAACAAUAUGCAUCAAAUGAGGAGCAACAGCAUUGGAUCGGAUGGCUCUCUUUUGCAGCCAUCUCUGGUUUCUCACCAAUCUAGAUAUCAACUUGGGGUUGGAAGCCCAAAGAUGAUGAAGGAACAGCGAUCGGGAGCUCUUGCAAAUGCAUCUGUUGCAUCUCCUGGUGGACAGGAUAUGAUGAUUCCAUUUACUGAUAAUGGUGCUUCUUCUAUUCAUGGCAAGAGAGAGAGUCAAGACGGGCAGUCGUCUCCUCUUACCAACAAGAAGGCUAGGCUCACACAUGCUAGUACAGAUGGGAAUCUUCAACAUUUCGGACAACAAAUGGACAACUUACAUGGAUCUGAUAUGAACUGGAAGAACACAUUAAUGCAGCAGCAGCAGCAGCAGCAGCAAUCAAUGGGAAGAGGGAUUCCAUACGGUAAUAACACCGUACAAAAAUUUUCACAGCAGAUGUUUGAAGGAGGUUUAAACCAGGACGGGGCACAGAUGCCAUUCUCUGUUGGACAACAAGGGAUAAGAUACAACUUAAAGGAAGAACCAGUCGAGACAGAGAGAUUGGACAAACCAGAGUUUAAUCGUAUGACAAUGGGAGAAGCGGAACUAGCCAAUAUGGAUCCUCAGUCCCGAUUGCAGCAAAGAAUGCAGCAACAAUUGAUGAGAUCGAGUUUCCCCCAAUCACCUUGGAAUAAUCUUGGCCAACCUCUUGAUAAUAAUGCUAGAAAGGAGGAUUCAUUCCAGAAGAGAAAACUAGCUCAAAGCCCUCGAAUAUCUGCCGGAGGUUUGCCUCAGUCUCCCCUGUCAUCAAAAUCUGGAGAGUUUUCUAGUGGUUCUGUGGGACCUCAGUUUGGAGCUGUUAGUGGACUUGUAUCGUCUCAAAAGGAGAAAUCUACAACUGUAACAUCUGUUGCUUCUGCUGGCAUUGGCGGCAAUCCCUCUUUCCCUUCAAAUGCGAAUGAUUCCAUGCAGCGUCAAAAUCAGGCACAGGCGGCUGCAAAGCGCAGAAUGAGCUCUCUUCCUAAAACACCAUCGAUUAGUGGAGUUGGUUCCCCAAGUGGUAGCAAUAUAAGCCUACCAAUAAAUGCAAGCAGCCCUCCUGUCGGUACUCAAUCAUCGGGUGACCAAUCCAUUCUUGAGCGAUUCUCAAAAAUUGAAAUUGUGGCUAUGAGGUGUCAACUCAACAACCGAAAGAAUAAAGUAGAGGAGUAUCCCAUCAGGAAGCAGCCAAACUCAUUUUCUACUCAAGCUGUAGCUGCUCUUCUCUCUGUUGAUUCAAACAAUGACGAGUUGAAAGAGGAACCAUGUAAGAUGCCUCUGUCGAAAUCCCUGAUAGGUGGCAAUGUGAAUGCAAACCGGACGAGAAUCAUGAACUUCGUUCAGUCUGAGCAUAUUAUUCAAGGUAAUAGCCUUCAGUAUGUAACCAAGGCAAGAACAAGGAUGAUCAUGUCGGAGAAGCCAAACGACGGUUCUGUUGCAUUUCAUAUUGGAGAAAUAGAGAAUGCUGAAUAUUUGGCCGUAGAGGAUUACCUUCCGACAUUGCCAAAUACUCACACAGCCGACCUACUUGCAGCACAGUUCCGCACACUGAUGGAACGUGAAGGAUACAGCGUGGAAGAUCAUGUCCAACCAAAACCAGUUCGGAUGAAUACUACCACUGUUGGCCAAGUUAAUGUUCAAGGAAUCCCCUCAGGUCCUGAAAUGCAUCAAUAUUCUGAAGGAUCUUCUAAUCAACAGUCCAGCGAAAUGGCUAAGCCGGGUGUCAAUGGCAAUGCGCCUAUGAACACGGCACAGAACAUUCAAGGCCAACGGAUGCUACCUCCGGGAAGUAUUCAGGCAAUGCAGAUGUCUCAAGGGCACUUGCCCGGGAUUUCAAUGCAGGCUAGACCUCAGCAGCCCGAAGCACUCUCGUCUCUACAUCAUCAGCAGCAGCAGUUUCAGAGAUCUUCUAUGGGGCUACCGGCGAAUUCAAUGCAACACCUGAGCAGUAUGACACAGAGUGCAAAUAUGCCGUUGGGACCUCACAUGGCAAACAAACUUAGUCCUCUCCAGAUCCAGAUGAUGCAACAACAGCAGCAGUCGCAAUCAUUCCAGCAACAACAGCAGACGCAGCAGCAGCAACCAGCGGCGAUUCAGAGAAAAAUGAUGACCGGGCUCGGAUCUGUCGGCAUGGGCAAUAUGAGCAAUAAUAUGGUAGGGCUCGAUGGCUUGGGAAGUGUCAUGGGAAUGGGGGGUGCUAGAGGUGUUGCUGGAGCCGGUAUUUCUGCGCCGAUGGGGCCUAUCACAAGCAUGGGGAACCUGAAUCAAAAUCCCAUGUUGAACACGGCUUCAAAUCUCGGCAAUUCCAUUCGGCCCCCGGGACUCACACCAGCACAAGCUGCUUUCAUGAAGAUGAAGAUGGCAAGCAGAUCAAAUAUCCUGGGGAACUCUCAAUCUGGGAUUGGAGGCAUGCCGGGAGCUCGACAGAUGCACCCGGGAUCUCCUAAUCUUUCGAUGCUCAACCCUGCUCUUAACCGAGCCAAUCUCAACCAGAUGCAGCGAACGGCAAUGGGCCAGAUGGGUCCUCCCAAAAUGAUGCCUGGAAUGAAUCUUUACAUGAACCAGCAGCAGCAGCAACAACUUCAGACACAGCAGCAGCAACAACUUCAGCCGCAGCAGCAGCAACAACAGCAACAAAUGCAGCUGCAACAGCAGCAGCAGCAGCAACUACAGCAACAGCAGCUACAACAGCAGCAAGAAACGACAUCACCAUUACAAGCUGUAGUUUCACCUCAACAAGUCAGUUCUCCGGCAAGCAUGGGAAUGCCCCAUCAAAUGAAUCAACCUCAGCAGCAGCAGCAGUCUCAGCAACUGUCACAACAACAGCAAGCAAGUCCACAGCAGAUGAGCCAGAGAACUCCGAUGAGCCCCCAACUAAGUUCCGGUGCUAUUCAUCCAAUGGCUGCUGCUAAUCCAGAAGCCUGUCCGGCAAGCCCCCAGCUCAGUUCGCAGACAAUGGGAUCAGUCAGUAGCAUCACUAAUUCUCCUAUGGAGCUGCAAGGAGCAAAUAAAAGUAACUCUGUUAAUAAUGCUUAGUAUCUGAACUUUCUUUCCGAUAGUCAUUUGAUUUGAUCAUCAUCCUUGGAGUUGUUCUUCUUUAAACAUUUUCUACACGAGGAAAGAAAGCCCUGCUUGCUCGGGAGCGAACAUUUAAUCUGUUGUCGACUACUACUAGUUUGCUUGCAUAGGUCUGUCCUUAGUAUUUACCUGAAGAGUGUUCCUUAUAUGUAUACAACUGUUGAAGCCAGUGCUAUUUAUUCAGGAAGACAAUAUGAGAAAUGAGAAACA